AUGCUUUCAAUAGAAAAAGAAAAUUCAAGAGUUGCUACAACUAAACCAUUAGAUGAACUUUUUACGAAUGUCGGUCAAAAGUUUGAGACAGAGACCGUAAAGCAUGAAGGCUAUCGUUUUGACUACCCACUAAGAUGGCUAAGAGACCCAUCCGUCACAAAAGCUAUUGGCUUUCGUAGAAUGAAGUUCAUUUCAGAAGCCAUACAUGGUUUCCCAUUUACGGUCGCUUUUGAAAUUCGAUACUAUAACAAAGAAAAACAUACGUAUGAGAAAUUUGAACAGGGAAAACUUUUACAAGUGAAUUUGCUUGUAAACUUAGAAACAACUCUUCAAGCUUUUCAAGAAAAAAUAAACGAUAUCUAUCUCGAAUAUGCAAAACAGUACAACAUUGA